CAUCCACCUUGUUACGGUGCCUGUACGAUCGCACCUCCUCACUGCUCGCGGGGCGUUAAGACUCCGCUUCCAGAACUGACACGUCCUGCUUGUCCAGGAAAACAACGCUCCCCAGACAGAACGUCGGUUUGCUGAAGACUCAAUUAAUUUCCAGGCGUCGCUUCCACACAGCGCAAGGUGGCUGAAAUGGUUGCUCCUCGCGUAGGGCUGUGGCCAGAAACCGCUCUUUCCCAGGCUGUACUGCUGCACAACGCUCCGCCCCCUCCGGGCUUUCCGCCCGACCCUCGCUUCCCGCCGGCGCAAGGCCUCGUCCCCGCCCGUAGCCGCGCAGCCGGAGCGGCGUUGCGUGGCGUUGCCGCUUGUCGCUAUGCGCUUUAGGGCUAAGAUCGUGGAUCUCGCCUGUCUCAACCACUUCAGCCGUGUCAUUAACACGAUCGCGAAAUUAGCCAAGAGCUGCACCCUGCGUCUGACGGUGAGCAAGCUGUACUUCAUCCUGUCCGACAGGGUCGCGAAUGGAGGAGUCAGCAUGUGGUGCGAGCUGUGCCAGGGGAAUUUCUUUGAUGAAUAUCAGAUGGAGGGAGUAGCUGUAGAUCACAAUGAAAUAUAUUUAGAGCUCGUGCCUGAGAACCUGUCAAGAGCAUUAAAAACUGCCCAGAGUGCAAAGGCAGUGAAGAUCAAGUUGACUAACAAACAUUCUCCUUGUCUCAGAGUUGCUGUGGAGCUACCAUCCUUAUCAAGCAGCAGUAGGAUUGUGACACAUGACAUUCCUGUGAAGGUUAUUCCCAGAAGACUAUGGAAUGACUUCAGAGAGCCCAGUGUGCCAGACUUUGAUGUCAGUAUUUACCUACCAGCGCUGAAAACAAUGAAGAGUAUUGUGGAGAGAAUGAAGAAUAUCAGCAAUUGCAUUGUGAUUGAAGCAAAUUUGAGUGGAGAAAUGAACUUAAAAAUAGAAACUGAUGUAGUAUCUGUAACAACACAUUUUAAAGAUUUGGGAAAUCCUCCCUGGGCAUCAGAGGAUGGAUGUCAAAGUUCUGCUCAAGACAGAGAUCUGCAGAGCAUGGCUGAAGCACGCAUAGACAUCAAGAAGUUGCAGCAGCUGCUUGUAGGACAGCAGGUCAAUCCCACAAAAGCCUUGUGCAAUAUCGUGAGUAAAAGAAUUGUUCACUUUGUCUUGCUCCAUGAAGAUGUUUCACUUCAAUAUUUUAUUCCAGCACUUGCCUGAAAGUUUUGGAAUCAUAGCCAUUUUCCACGCUGAGGCCUUUUCCACAAAGUGGGAUAGCACCUUACCUUGGUGUUACCUGUUUGGUUUGUAAAUACAUUUGUGAUUUUCUGUAAGAUAGGGUUGGGUGGGAGGAAAGGGGUCACUACUCUUUUUUUAAUAAAGUUUAAGAUGUAAUCCAACAAUUCAGGCAAAUAAAUGCUUUAUAUUGUUGUUUUGAAGCAGU